AUGGCAACUUCACUUAUAACUAAAACCCUAAACUCAAUAAAAAAACCGAACCUUUUAAGACCACUUGCCCAUCAAUUCACCUCCAUCGCCACUGUCCAAUCCGAAAAGCCAUCUUCCUCUUUCAAUUUCGCUGACUCCAACAGCAGUAGCAGCAGCAGCAGCAGCUGUGACACUAGCAAUGACAGAAAUACACAUAUGAAGGGACCUCCAAGUUAUAAUUCGAAAGGCGAAACGGAUUCACCUUCAGUGACAAUGCCGAUGUCAUCCAUGACAGGGUCAAUUGUGGGCAAGAGGUUUUAUAGGCAAGUGACAACUAGAGAAGCUGAUGAUGGGAAUGGAUGGACUGUGAUGCUUGAUUAUAGGACUCUUAAAACUCCUUCUAAAAGGCCUCUCAAGUUGCCCACUUUAGCUCUUGCCAAUGCCAUUGCUGCUGAAUGGGAUUAUCAGCAAACAGACGGGAUCAGGCCUUUUACAAUGCCUCUCAUGAAACUUGCCUGCACUGCACUGGAAAGAGUUCCACUCACACGGCCAAAGAUUAUUGAAAACUUGAUGAGGAAAUUUAGUCAAGAUUUAGUAUUCUGUCGUGCUCCUGAGGAUAAUGUUCUCACAAGACGUGUCUAUGAACGGCAGGUGGAGAAAUUUGAUCCCUUAAUUGGUUGGAUAAACUCAGAAUUUGGCUUUAAGCCUGUUGUGUACUCGAGUCUUUUUGGUGGCAAGCAGGAGGAAGGUCUGGUAAAAGCAAUAGAAAACCUUCUAAAGAAAACCGAUGACUGUGAAUUGGCAGUGAUUGAUGCAAUUGCAUCUGCAGCACACUCUUUAAUGAUUGCUGUCAGAAUUGUCCGAGGGAAAUUGGAUAUUGAGGAAGCUAUUGAACUUAUCAGACUUGAAGAAGAUUUGCAGGUCGACACUUGGGGUUUGGUUGAAGGUGGCCAUGACAUAGAUAUCGCUGAUCUAAGGGUACAAAUUUCCUCUGCUGCUGUUUUCCUUGGUCUUUCCAGGACAUGA